UGUUCUGCGAAGAAAAUGUGCUCAGAAAAUAACUACAAAUUGAUCGUUUUGGGUCCAGGAAAAACUGGCAAAACCAGCAUCAUUCGAAGAUUCCUCAACAACACGUUUGACGAACGCUACAAAGAAACCGUUGAAGAUAUCUACACGAAGGAAUUCGUCAUUGCCGGCCACAUGCUACUGCUGGAUAUUUACGACACGAAUUACUAUUACCCGGAUAUGCGGCGCAUACUGUUCAAAUGUGCGAGCGCCUUCGUGUUCGUUUUCGCGUUGGAUGACGUUAACUCGUUUCAAGAGGUAACGCAGUGCAUUGAUGAAGCUAAGGAACACCGUCCAAACAUGGAUCAACUGCCGAUGGUUUUGGCCGGUAAUAAGUGCGAUAUAAAUCCAACAAAGGUAUGUGAGUUGUGGUUCGAGGUGAUCCAGCAUUGGCUGAGCAACAGCGAGAUCGGAAACAGCCUCCAUUUCGUAGAAACCUCAGCCAAAGCCAACAAGAACGUGCGUGAAGUGUUCAAGACUCUGCUGCAGGUGAGCGGCUUCCCAGAGAAAUAUUGCCAGUGUUUUGCGGAGGAAAAUAGCAGCAGUCCGAAGAGGCAGAUGUCAUGCCGUAUUCGCGCCAAGUCUCUCAAAAAUGGCGAUAAGAAACUGCUCAACAAGGAGCCGAGUAAGCUGACAAGACAUGCCAGUCUCAUGCUUCAGAAGUCCACCAAACAGGUACACUUCGUACCCGAUGACUCAGACUGCAACGUUUCGUGA